AUGACUCGCCGUCCUUCUAUCGCUCGUUCGUCCAUUCUUAACCUUCAGGAGAUUACCCCCGCUGCCAUCCUCUGGGCACAUCAACUGCGCCGGGAACACAAAGCGCUCGUGGAACAGAUCAUCAAGUUAGAGCAGUCUGUGGCUCAAGUAAAAACAGAUACUGAUGUAGUAAAUGAGAGAACUACGUCUGCAAGUGGAAGUGUAGAGGGUUUCGGAAAGUUUCUCUCGGAGAUUAAGAAACAAGUCGAGGGACUCGAAUGCAAAAUUGCAGAGGUGAGGGCGAUGGUGGAAGUUGUGACCCAAGAGGCAAAGAAAAUACAUGAAGAGACGAGGCAUUUAGAGGAGGCUGCGGCUAUUGAGAGGUUGGCAUGGCGAGAGAAUUUGGAGCAACGCUGCAUGGACAAAAUUGGGAAGUUGAGGGUUGAGAUAGAAGAGAUAAAAAGGGCUGAUGAAAUAUCGAGACUUCCCUCCAGUGUUUCCGUACCGCAUAUCUAUUCAUCUCCCCUUGUACCGCCUUCUGCUCAGCGGCCACCCCUUCCAUCUACUAUAUCUGCAACACCAUCCAGUUUUCAACCGCGGUGUAUAACACGGCCGCCUUCCAUGGAACUGAUACCCAACUCUUACCCCUUGCCUGUUAUGGAGCACUCGACGAGGGCGUGUAUCGAAUGUGCUUCCCAAAUAUCCACAGCAUGGGAACCGUCGCAGCAUUCUCCCAGCCCUACUGCUAGACAGCAAGGGCCAAUCACUGACAAGGAUGAUAAUAGUCCCAUACUCAAUCAACAUAAUCUCUCUUUAUUGGCUUAUCUUGAACUAGGGGAAACAAGCCUGGCAUCAAAAUUCCCGCGCAAGCGUGAUGAAAGUCGGGUAGUCCAGGCAUUCUGGGAGGGGAUGCGUGAUCCAUCCGAUAAGAGGACUAUAGAAGAGAGCUUAGAGCAGGAUGGAUGGAGCUGGAGUUCAUUAAGAGCCGCCGUUGGAGCUUUGGUUAUGAAAAAAGAGAAAAACACAGAAAAGGAAAUGCAAAAGGGGGAGUUUUCGCCAGCACUAAAGAGAGAGGAAGCAAAGACAGAAAAGAAUAGGCUAAGGAAAAGGAAAAGGGUGAUCCCACUUGUAUGGCCGUCGGAAGAUGAAGAGUAUGAGCUGCUCGCUCAGAUGAAUGGAUGGCGGCGGGAGGUGUGA